AUGAUCUCCAGAUACUCUCGGAAAGCUGUGCCGCAGAGCUUGGAGCUGUACCUGAGUAGCAAGGAUUACAGGCAUUGGCCACAGGAACUUGACCAAAAUGCCACUGAAAAAGUGCAGGCAAUGUUUAUGGCUAUUGAUGAGCUCCUGUAUGAGCAGAAGUCAAGUUUGCAUACCGUGAGCCUACAGGAAGAGUGCCAACAGUGGACUUCUAGCUUUCCUCACCUCAGGAUUCUGGGUAGGCAAAUAAUCACUCCAAGCGAAGGAUAUGGAUUGUAUCCUAGAUCUCCUUCUACUGUUUCAGCUUUACAUGAAGCAGCCUUGUCUCAAGAAAGAGAUUCUGCUUUAUUUGGUAUAAGGGGAAAGAAGGUACAUCUUUCAUCUUCUUAUGCUCAUAAAGCACAUUCUAUUGCCAAAUCCCCUGGUUUGUGUGAUAUGGAAAGAGAAGAGGAAUACUGUAUAAUCUCAGAAGGAAUCAUCGAGGAAUACCUAGCUUUUGACCACACAGAUACGGAAGAGGAAUUUCAUGGAAACAAAUCAGAAGCAGCUAUAGACAAGCAGAAAUUAGGGUACCCUCCCAUUGCUCCAUUUUACUGCAUGAAAGAAGAUGUUCUUGCUUAUGUUUUUGACAAUGUGUGGAGCAAGGUUAUAGAAUGUAUGGAGCAAUUGACACGUAGUCACUGGGAAGGAUUUGCUUCUGAUGAUGAGAGUAAUGCUGCAGUUACGAGACCGGAUUCAGAAAGUCCUCAUGAGCUAAAUGAACCACAUCCUUUGGUGUUGCCUCGAGUGCCACAGUCUAAGAUGUUGUCCGUCACCUCAAGCCCGAUGAAUUUCUGUCAAGCAAGUGUUCAUCAGUCAAAUAUGAAUGGUCUCUUGGUUCAUGGGAUGCCUCUACAGCCAAGAAACCUCUCCCUAAUGGACAAGCUCCUUGAUCUUGAUGACAAGCUACUUAUGAGGCCUGGGUCCAGUACCAUCCUUUCAACUCGAAAUUGGCCAAAUCGAGCUUCGGACCUUAGUACAUCAUCUCUGUUAUAUACAGUGCAGUCCGCCAGGAGACGUAACCCCCCACCACGUACCCUUCACCCAAUCAACACGAGCCAUUCACGCACUGGAACACCAAGACCUGUGGAAGAAAUCCUCAGAGGAUCCCAAGUACCAGUGGCAGUCGACUCACUCUCCUCUCCCUCACCAAUACCCUUGGGUCGAAAUAACCUGCUACCACCUAUUGGCACAGCUGAAGUGGACCAUCUGCAUACCAUGGGGCCACCAAGGCAAAUGAAGUCUCAUGGCGAUUCUAGUCGAGCUCGAAGUGCAGUGAAUGAGCCCAAAUACCAGCAGCCAAAGGAGAGGAUCCUGUUACCUGACUUCUUCUCCAGGCCCAACACAACUCAGUCAUUUUUGCCAGAUACACAGGAUCGUCUUUGUACAGCUGAGUACUCUUAUCACACCCGACCUGGCAGGAGAUCUGCAGGUCCUCAGUUCCAUGGGUCUACAAAAUCCCAAAGCAGGGGUGGACCAAUCUCUAGAACCAAGCAAGGACUAUAGGUCAAAUGAGAAGAACCCAUUAGGCUGCAGCAAACACAAGAGAAGACUUCAUGAAUCAGUGUUCAAUCAUCACAUGAUACAGAGUUUGUACUAGAUCAACACACACCACCUUCCUGAAGAGUUAUUCUGAUACAACUGAUGGGAAAAACACAAGAGUAUCCACCAAAGACUGCAUGGGUACUGUUUCUGCCUCCAGUUAUGUCUUCUUUCAGCAUAAGUCAACCUCUUCCAAUGGACAGUGAAGAUUGUACCCAAAGAUGUAACAAUGAAUAAUUAUGCCCAAAUCACUACUCAUGUUGUCUGUUAACAAUAAUCAGUUUGAUUAUUAUAGGAUCUCGAAAGGAUUUAUACACAAAAAGCAACAAAUAAUUGUUUGAUAAUAUCACUGGCUUAAGAAUAGCUGCUUAUAUUAAUAUCUGGAAAAUUGUACUCAGGUUUAAGUCAAUGUAAGAGACAGUAUUAUGAACAGUUUGAGCUACUUAUCCAAUAAAUGUCAUUCCUACAGCUUUCUCUUUAGAUGUUCAGUAUCAGAAUGAAAUAGAAGGGCUUAGUAAAGACAUAGCACUGGAAUAAAGUAACAUAGCAAAUUGUCACUUUUUGUUCCCUCAGAAAAGACAGGUCAAUCUU